ACAAGAGAGGAAGCCGCAGACACAGUACAAGUUCUAAAUGGCACAGUUUGAUUAGAGACAAUAGAGGCUGUUUCCCUUUUUUUAACAACAUGAAGCUGGUGAAAUGCAUUUUAAUUGUCCAACUGAGCUUUCUUUGUCACGCUUUGCAAAACUCAUCCACUCAAACAGACCCAACUGAUUUCCAGAGGAGAGCAGAAGGAAAUAAUACAAUAAUACAAGAGGAAUUCAGCAGUGACCCAUACGUCCACAGACUCUCUGGCAAAUGCAUCUUCAUGCUCAGGAUGCCUGGAAACAGGAGCGGUGAUGUGGUGGCUUUACCAGCAGAAUCUGCUGAUAUGUUGGUUGAACAGAUGUGUCAGGAUCUCGACUGUGGCAGCGUCUAUCAUGUGAAUAAAACCAGAUCACCUCCCAAUAGGCCUACCAACUGCUUUCAUGACUGUGUGUACCAAGAUGGUCGUUUGCAGAACUGUUCACAGAGUGCGGGAGAUAACUGCACUGUGAUUGCUGAAGCUGUUUGUGGCCACCAGGCUGCGCGGCUGGCAGGGGGGUCAGACCGCUGUGCCGGACGGGUGGAGCUGUGGAGAAAAGGGAGGUGGGGCACCGUGUGUGACGACCAGUGGGACCUGCGGGAUGCCGACGUGGUGUGCGCCCAGCUCGGCUGCGGUUACGCCCUCAGUGUGACAGGACAGGGCGGCGUCUUCCCGCCGGGCAGAGGACCCGUCCACCUGGACGACCUGAACUGUACCGGCGGAGAGGGGAACCUGUGGGCCUGUCCGGCCGAGCAGCACGAGCCCGACUGCGGACACAAAGAGGAUGCAGGGGUCGUGUGCUCAGAGAUGAAAGCAGUCCGACUGACUGGAGGUCUGGACCGCUGCUCUGGUAAAGUGGAGGUCCACCGUAAUGGCAGCUGGGGUACGGUGUGUGAUAACUGCUGGAAUAAAGACAUGGCCUCCAUGGUGUGCUCCAUGCUGCAGUGUGGUGCCGAGCCGCUGAAAUACUCCCAGUUUGUUCCUUAUCUCACCCACAACAAUGGGACACUGUGGUUCUAUCAGUGCCAUCCAAACGUGCUGAGUCUGUGGGAGUGCGAUGAGUUAAUCAACAGACCACAUCUGUGCAGCACCUCAAAAGCAUCUGGCGUCAUCUGUAACGGUUCCCUCGGGUUUCCUGCAGCCACAACAGCCACCACAGAAAAUGCAACUGUAAUGACCAGUUGGACAACUGGUGCAGCCUCAGUCAGUCAUGCUCCAGGCUUCCUCUUACCAUCUCCAGAGCUUCUCAGCACCAUCGCUCUGGCUCUUCUUCUCCUCGUGGUUUUCAUUAUAUACACUGUGGUCUGCUGCCAUUACAGAAAAAGACACGCAUUCUUGCUGCAGCAGACUCGCACUGGGCCACGACCUCUCGCUGAAUAUCAUCCCAAUAACCACCAAGACGCCGUCGACCUCAUCAAGAUCACUCCCAACACUCCCAACCCUCUGCAGACAGAAGUCCCCUCCAACCCCAGGUAUCUUUGGACCCAGCUUAGUAGUGUUGACAGCACGUCAGUAGAUACAGACUAUGAGCAGUAUGAGCCAAGCAAUGACCCGUCUGUCACUUUAACAACCUUUCGGAAUUCUCAGAGGUACAGAACAGACGUGAACCCUUUGAUGAAGCCCUCAGGUCUUGACAGCCUCCUUGAGGAAGCCCCUGAUGCCACAAAUGAAGUGACAGGAGCCUUUAUAAGCUAUAAUGGCGCCCCUGCAGAGGCUCAAUAUGCCAGAGUGUCAAAGAUCUCAGUGGACUCAUUUGACACCUCCAGUACCUCCUCCGGGGAAUUCUACGAAAACACAAACAACGGCUAUGUCAUGGUCACUCCUGAACCAGGGCUGGUGUCAUCUGCUUUUGACCCUCCAAGGCUCCUCUACAGCAAAGAUCAACUUUACUCCGGAGAAACAAUGAACCGGCAGAGUUCAGGUGAUGAUGAUGACUGCCCCAUCUACUCACCUGUGAGCCCCGACCAAAACCCUUCAUCUGAGGAUGACUAUGAUGAUGUCGGCACCUAAUAGUAACCAGAGGAGGUAACUCCAGCUCACAGAGACCAACAGUGUGGGACUGAAGCUGCUAAACCGUACUGAGAGGAAACAUGUACUGUGAAACCAAACGCCUGCUUAGACUAAGGAAACCCAGUGAGCAUUCAUUUGGUGAUAUGAAGGUUAACAAACAUUUAGAUUAAAACUGGGCUCCAUGUGGUUAAAAAGUGUAAGUCUAGUUUACAUAUUACCAUGGUUUUAACAGCAUUUUAAUGACUAUUUGAUUGUGUGCAGUAGUCAACAUUCAUUUAAAUGCUGAUACAUGAGAUAAACAUAAAAAGGUUUACCAAUUUCUGUUUACCAACCAAUUUCAUCUUAGAUGUCAUGACUGACUUUUGACCUGCAACUUAUCAAACCGUUUCCUGUGAACAAUAAUGAGUUCAAUCAGGAGAAAUGAGUGAAUGAAGUGAAGAUCAGUGUUUAAUAUAACAGAUGAUAUGUGGUAAUUAUGUAUUGGCAGAAAGUCUUUUGGGUUCUUAGACUCUAAGGGGAGAUUUGUAACAAAGGGGUGUCUGCCCUCAGCAGCAGCAAGAAAAAUCCCCCCAUGGAGUCAUCCGGACUCUGGUGGUGGACGUGGUGGCUGAUGAUUCUAGUGGAGCUGAUCUAUCUGCAGGAUGGGUGGUAAUGGGGAGGUGGAAGGGCACUUUGGCAUUUGUGAUGAUUUGCACUGAAAUGACAGCUGACAGCAACAGAGAGGACAACUAUAACUGUGAUGCUGAAUUUUUACAAAAUAGUACAACAAAAUGUUCACUGUGAUGUAAUAGAUAUCUAAAGCAAGUUUCAAGCAUGGGGAUUUUUAGAGUGUACUGAGAUUUAAUGAAAACCAAUAGGAGGUAGGAAAUCAAACUUAGAAGCUGAGGUAUGUUUAGGUGUUUUGUGAAUGUAGACGCAACUGUAAGAUAACUGUAACAUAACACGUCUUUUUUUGUAUUUUUUGUAUUUUUCUUAUUUAACUAAUUUGUUUGCAUAGCACAUAGCAUGUAUUCAGACAAUGUGAUAAUGUUUGGCAUGUACUGUAUCUUUUUUUAGAGGAUGUAAGUACUUUUAAACUACGGAGUUCUAACAUAAUGUCUAGAAUUGUUAUGUGCACUACAUGGCCAAAAGUAUGUGGACACCCAAACAGCACACCCACAUGUGAUGGUUGAAUGUGUCAUUCUCCAACUAUGUGCUUUACAUUAAAAUGCAUGUGCAGACAGAAAGGAACCACAUCACAUCUUAUAGACAGGAUCAGACACACAUACAGUAACAAAUCACUAGACAGUGAAAAUAUAAAAGUUUCCCCGUUCCAGUUCAUCCUUGAGGUGUUCAGUGGGGUUAAGGUCAGGGCUCUGUGAAGGCCAGUCAACAUUUUCAUGGUAUUAGUAGUAUUAACUUUUCCUUUAAUUGGAACCAGGUGCUUAGCCCAAACCAUAAUUAUUGACACCCGACUAAAGGUACACAAAAGUAUUUGCCCUUAUACUUUUGGCCACAUAGUGUAU